AUGAAAUCGAGCAUCAGGUUGCGGCGCGUGGAACAACCGGUGAUUAAAGAAACCUACAAAAGUGGAUCGCGGCAGGUCUGGGCUGCUAUCCGGACCGAAACCUGUCGGGCGCGCUCUGUCCCGCCUGACCGCGGCUUUCCGCGGCUCGGGACAGGGAGCAUCCGCACCCCUGCCCCGGCUGCUGAGAUUUUCCCGGCCGCUGCCGGCGAGGACGCGAGGCUGAACGAGGGGAAACAGCCUCAGGCUUGCGGACAGCGGGGGAUACACCAGGGAGAGGGAAUAACGUCCUGCGGAGGCCCGGGCAGCAGCGGAGCGCUGCAGGGCGCUCGGCGACAGAGACACCAGGAAGGGUUAGUGCUGCAGGAGACCACAGUGUUGUCUCUGUCCACAGAUCACCAUUUUACUGUCACUUUACUGCACCUGUUUGAGGCCCCUACUUCGGAUCAACUCAUUAUCCCGAAUAAACGAUGUGUCAUUCCCAUUAUUUAUGUUUCACUGCAGCCAAAGUAUCUGGACCUCGUUUUGGCUCUAGUCCACGUGGGAGACCUGACCACCCUGGUGUCUGGUGGAGAGGCAGCACAGCAGGGUACAACCAGUCCAGGAGAUUCCUGCAGUACCGGUGGCAACCUCCUGACACAUGUUGUAGUUGAGGAGCCGAUGAGGGGAGACACUCUGCUGGACCUCAGACCAAAAACCAAGGAAGAACACAUCAGGACAAAACACAUCCAAGGGUUCGCAAGGUGGGGGAGAGGCAGUGGGAGCGCAUUAAGCGCGAGCCGCCAGCCGAGCCGUCACUGCGCGGCUCACGGAACAUCCAUCCUGCCCUGGCUCGGGGGGGCCGUGGGAGACAGCAGCUUCACCAUCCUCACAAGAGAGAGGUUUAUGGCUGGGGUGCUUUUUUUAUUUUAUUUUAUUUUAUUUUAUUUUAUUUUAUUUUAUUUUAUUUUAUUUUAAAAUUUAUUACUAUUUUUCCCCCCCCGAGCUUCAGUUUCCAACGACUUAUUUAGAUGUAAGCAAUGACAGCUGUAAUCAUGUUUUAAAUCUUGCUUUGUAUCCUUAGUUAUAAUGUUGUUCAAUUAAUAUUCAGAAUAAUGGAAGUGAUGUGCCCCUUUGAAAAAGACUUGAAUGCAGGCCAAAGCUUUGGGAAACUGAUUCUCAAGAGGAUUAAUCAGCAUUUAAAACUUGCAUUAAUAAAAAUCUGAUCUUCUACUGUG